CGGAAGUUUAGGCCAUCCCUACUCCGAGUUUCUCCUUUGUUGCAUUUGUGUUUUAUUUAUCUUUAAUUUUGGAAAAAUGAGUGAGCUUAAGAGGCGACCACUGCACGACGACUCCCCAAGGACUCUUUCCCAGCCGAGGGCCGAGGUGGACCAGAACAACCAAUUUACUUUGGAGUGUGUGAAUAGCUACGAGGAGGGUACCUCCUCAGCCGGCGAACAGGAGGAAAGUGAAUCCCAGGAGCAGGUGGAGGAUUCUGAAGACGGGAAUGUGUCCAGACGGAACAGUAUUCCAACUCCCAAACCGAGUUUGACCCAGGAACACCACCAUUCCAUCCAUGAACCUCAAGGAACGAAUGGACUCUACAUUAAACUAGCCCUUGCGGGUGCUCUUUUCGGAUUACUCUUCGUUUACGUUUGGGGAGGAUCGAGCGUUAAAGGGGACAAACAAUGUGCUUUCAAGGAUCUCCGGCAAAAUAACCCCCAACAGCCGGAGAUAGUCUGGAGAGCCCUGCAAACAGGAGUCGAGGGAUUGAUAAACAAAAGGGACAAGCACCCCAGUGUAUUUCUGUUUCUGCAUCAGGAUCCCAAGCUCCAGAAACUGAUCGAUGCCAUUGCCGUAGAGGCCUCUGCCUGUUAUGGUGGUCCCCGCCAGCUGAUUCACAUGAAAAAGGAGGACUUCGGGCCGGAUAUGAAAGACCACGGCUUGGCGAUUGAGCGUUUCAAGGCAAAGGUGAAAGAUGGAAAGGUUUUCCUGAUAGUGAACCUCAAUGAUAUUGCCCCGAGUGGAGCCCUUGCUCUGCACACAAUCUGCGAUACCUACAGCCCCGUCGUCGAAGAUGCUGUCAUCUUCCUUACACUCCGCACAUUUAACACAACCGCCGUAAAGAACUCCGUGCAGCUGGCCACGGAUACCCUGUACGAUCUGUGGGCCAAGGAGUUGCAGGACAACGAGCUAGAUCCCCUAAUUACUCGCGUCACCGAUCAGGUGCUUCACCUGAGAAGCGUUAGUUACGCUUAAAUAACCCUCAAAUCUCAAUACUUUCGAUGCCUGAAUAUUGGGAGGACUAAGCUCAAAGCUAUAAUUGAAAAAAAUUUAGGUAGCAUUUCUAAGAAUUCAAUUUUCAGAACUAUAUUCUGUUCUACAAUCGCUUUUUGUUAAAGAAAAUAAAAUCGUUUAGAAUACA